CCUCUACAUAAAUUAACGGUUUUCGUUAGGGUUUUAGUUAUACCCUUUCGUUAUGUGGCGCAGAGGCAGAGAUAGUUUCAGCCGUCUCCGCCGGUUCUCAGCGGCGGCACGACGCCGCUCGGAGGACGAUGGUGACUGGCUCUAUUCCUCCGAGUGGUGGGGCUCGUCCCCUGACGACGGCACCACCGUUCUCCGAUCAACUUCCGGCAAGGGAAACGGCGUCGUCUCAGUCGUCGCACAUCCCUCCUCCAGACCUAGUAGAAUGCAUUGGUCAAGGAUGGAAAGAUGGCUGCAGCAGAGAUGUGAGGAGGUGCAUCCUGGAUAUGGGGAUGGAGGGAUUCUGAGGGUGCUUGGAUAUCAAUGGCGGGUGCUUCGUUUCAAUGACGAUACGCGCCAGAGCACUGCAAAAGUAAUGCUUGCUUACAACCAAAACAAUCCAGAUCUUGUCUAUCUUAUGCAGCAACCUCAUUGCUUGGCUGUUCCAUAUGUGAAGAGUAUGGUAGCUGCUGGGUUGACUACCAUAGCUUCAUGUAAUUUUGAUAUUAUCAGCGCACGGCAAGGAAAGAAAAACAUGCACAUCUUAUGCGUCGGGCAUGGUGGGGGAAGUUUACCACUGUUUUUAGCAAGUAAUAUCCAAGGUGCCAUUGUCCAUGUAGUUGAAAUCGAUCCCCUUGUUAUCUCAGCCUCGACUCGAGCUAUGGGGUUCCCGGCUUUUUCACAAAUGACACAAUCCGGUGACCGGGCCAUUGCAAAACCUGAUAUCAUUGAAGAAGCUAUGUGGAAAGGUGUCCAUGAGAGGAUUUACCUACAUGAAGCAGAUGCUGAGGAAUUUGUUGUCAAUAAUACCAAUCUAUAUGACAUGGUCUUUAUUGAUGCAUAUGAUGGUGAUGACAUAUUUCCCCACAAGUUAUGGGACCCAAAUUUGCCGUUCCUUAAAGCUCUUAAUAGUCACCUACAUCCCAAACAUGGUACUGUUGUGGUGAACUUGCAUUCUGACUCUGACACCUCGAAUCACGAUGGAUCUAUUCCAUCAGGGUUUGAACCAAUUUUGCCAAUGGGAAAGUAUGUGUCUCAAGUUUGCCGAGCAUACAAGGACGUGCUUAUAGGAACUGGAAGCUCUUGUGAAGAAAAAAUGGGUUCUGGUAUUGCUUUUACUGUUGCAGUUCCCUGGGUCUGUAAUACGUCCCUAGUUGUGUGUAGAGGUUUUGGUACAGAUGGGGAGUAUAUUAACCGGGAUUUGGUUGUAAACACUCUCAUAUCCAAAUCCCUAGAAAUUGAACAUAUUAUGGACUUGCCAUUCUCAUGUUUGGAAUACAUAAAAAGAGGUUUUGUUCUUGUUGACUAAUUUAUGUGCCACAAUAUAAAUGGAGUUGAUUUAUUCUUCUCAAAUCAUUGGUGUACAACUCGGACAAACUUGGCCUGCCAAACUGAAAAAUCUGCGACUUGGGUAGUUUGAUAC